AGUAUAGUGCUGUGAUAUAAAUUAGCACCGAUCAAUAUUCUGAUGUUUAUAUAUCAACAAAAAUGGAAAAAAACUCAGAAUAUUGCCAAGGCAGUAACAGUGGUUCGCGAGAGAGGCCGAAACACGGAGACAUAGUGCCGCCUUCUCCCACGAAAGAUGGGCAAGCCUUCACCUUCGAGAAGAGACCUGAGAACAAACUGAUCCUUCAAGGAUCUCAGGAGGACGAGGAGCCUUAUUUCACGAAGCCUGCCGUUAGUUAUGAUCAUCCUAGGCCUAGAGCAAACACAGUCUCGGAGGGCCCCCGCUCGAAAGAAACCAAGACUCCCACGGUGUUCCGAUGGGAGGGGGGUGGUAGAGAAGUGUCCAUCAGCGGCACCUUCUCCGACUGGAAGGCCAUCCCGAUGGUGAAGAGCCACGGUGAUUUCGUGACGAUCGUGGAGUUGCCCGAAGGCGAGCACCAGUACAAGUUUCAGGUGGACGGCGAGUGGAAGAACGACAAUGCCAAUAGGAUUGUCGAGGACGAGGGAGGGGCGAGGAAUAAUCUCAUCGUGGUGAAGAAGUCGGAUUUCGAGGUCUUUCAAGCUCUAGCCAAAGAUAGUGAAAAUAAAGUGGACAACGCCCAAAAGGAAUUUGGUCAGGAAAUUCCAGCCAACAAACCAUGGGAGAAGACUACUGGGCCUCCUAUUUUGCCACCCCAUUUGUUACAAGUUAUUCUCAACAAAGACACACCUCUAUCGUGUGAACCGACGCUCUUGCCAGAACCGAACCACGUGAUGCUGAACCACCUGUACGCCCUGUCCAUCAAGGACGGGGUCAUGGUGUUGAGCGCCACGCAUCGAUAUCGAAAAAAAUACGUCACCACGCUGCUGUACAAGCCCAUUUAGCGACCAUGCGUCGCCCUGUAUAUAUCCCACCUCUUUUUCGUUCCCGAGUCGCGGCUUCCGCUGCGUUUAGAUGACACGCCCUGUAUAUUUGUAGAUACGGCUUAGCGAUGUUUUGUAUUGAUGAUUUGUGAUAAGUAUUAAUAAACGAUGUUUGUUGACCAGAAUGGGGUGUUUUAAUUGGAGGUACAGUUGUGUACAUAAAGAAUAAAUCGUACAGCAGUUAUCGGC